GAGGAGAAACGAUGGAAGGCAACAGAGACGAAGCCGAAAAAUGCAUAAAUAUAGCCACAAAAGCCUUGGAGGCUGGAGACAAGGAAAAGGCCUUGAAAUUCUUAAACAAAGCUGAAAAGCUUUACCCCACCGAAAAGGCAAAAGUGCUGCUGGAUGCUCUGUCGAGGAACGGGAGUUCAGCGGGGAAUGGUGGGGCAUACUGCAGGAGGCCAGCAGACAGUUCGGAGAACACACAGACCCGGCACGAGAGAGCGAGUCAGGAGGCGGGGCCAGCGGGGGAGUCGACCAAGGCUUUUACCAAGGAUCAAGUGGAGGGAGUGCAGAGGAUAAAGAAGUGUAAGGACUACUAUGAGGUACUGGGGGUCAGUAAGGAGGCCAACGAAGAGGAGCUGAAAAAAGCCUACAGAAAACUAGCGCUCAAGUUCCACCCCGACAAAAACCACGCGCCGGGAGCCACAGAGGCUUUCAAAAAGAUAGGCAACGCGUACGCCGUGCUUAGCAACCCAGACAAGAGGAGGCAGUAUGAUGUCACUGGCGGGGAGGAGCCUAGCAGUCCUGGACACAGUCACGGCGGCUUUGACUUCCAUAGAGGGUUUGAGGCUGACAUCACUCCUGAAGACCUCUUCAACAUGUUCUUUGGCGGAGGGUUCCCUUCCUCGAGCACACACACGUUCACAAAUGGAAGAGCACGCUACAGCCAGCAGACGGACUACGCCAGACGAGAGAGAGCAGAGGAAAGGGGAGAUGGUGGAUUUUCUAUGUUUAUCCAACUGAUGCCCAUCUUGGUGCUGAUACUGGUGUCUCUCCUCAGUCAACUCAUGGUGUCCACACCACCCUACAGCCUCUACUCCAGACCGUCCACAGGCCAAACCAUAAAGCGACAAACGGAAAACCUGCAUGUAGAUUACUAUGUCACCAGAGACUUCAAGUCUGAGUACAAGGGCUCCGCCCUGCAGAAGAUAGAGAAGAGUGUGGAGGAGGACUACGUCUCUAAUGUGCGAAACAACUGCUGGAAAGAAAGACAGACAAAAACAGACUUGCUGUAUGCAGCUAAAGUGUACAGGGAUGAUCGUCUGAGGAAGAAGGCGGAGCUUAUGUCUAUGGAUAACUGUAAAGAACUGGACCGACUAAACGACCUGUUCCGCGGGGGCUGAGCCUCAGGACUCUUUUAGAAAAAUAUAUAUA